CAUGCCUUCUCCUUCCUCCGCCAUCCCUAUGAGGAAAUAUGAGGUCUUCCUGAGCUUUAGUGGCCAAGACAUCCGCCAUAGUUUUGUUAGUCAUCUCCGCGAAGCCCUGUGUCAACACCAAAUCAAUACAGUCGUGGAUGAAACCCUUGAAAAAGGAGAAGAAAUCUCUCUUACCCUCAUGAAAAAAAUUGAAGAAUCAAAUAUUUCAGUAGUUAUUUUCUCCAAAAGCUAUGUUUAUUCUCCUUGGUGUUUGGACGAACUCGUAAAAAUACUCGAAUGCAGGGAUUCCAUGCAGCAAAUAGUUUUGCCACUUUUUUACCACGUGGAUCCCGAAGAUUUUCAAGAGCUCAAAGGGUGUAUUGGGGAUGCACUUGCUAAGUAUAAAAAAGAAUUCAUGAACAAUUCCAGCAUGGUUGACAGAUGGAGCCAUGCGUUGAUGGAAAUAGCCAAGAUUACAGGGUGGGAUUCAAAGAACAUCAAGCCUGAGUCCAAAUUGAUUAAGAAAAUUGUCAACGACAUUUGGAAGAAAUUGAAUCAAAUGUCCAUAAAUGAUUUUAAUCAUGGCUUAGUUGGAAUUGAUUCACGCAUCAAAGAAGUUGAAUCACUGUUAUCUAUUAGAUCAGAAGGUGUACAUUCCCUAGGAAUUUGGGGAAUCGGUGGUAUAGGUAAAACAACCAUUGCUGGGGUUCUAUACAAUCGAAUCUCUGCUCAAUUUGAAAGUCAGUGUUUUGUUGCAAAUGUGAGGGAAGAAUUAGAAAAGCACACCAUAGUUCAUUUACGAGAUGAAAUCCUUUCCAAGCUGUUGGGGGUAGAUAUAAAGAUUGGCAUACCUAAUGUUUUACCAUCUUUCGUUAAGAACAUGCUUUUGAAGAAGAGGGUUCUUAUUGUUCUUGAUGAUGUGAGCAGUCCCCUGCAGUUAAAAUCUUUGCUGGAAGAGCACGAUUCAUAUGGUUCAGGGAGCAGAAUUAUUAUAACAAGUAGGAAUAAGCAAGUGCUCAAGUAUGGAUGUGCCAAAAUUUAUGAGGUUAAGGAGCUAAUUCCCCAUGAAGCUUUUCAGCUCUUUCGAUUUCAUGCAUUGAAGCAAAAUCGACCCUCAGAAGCGCAUGUGCAUUUGUUAGAAAGGGCUAUGAACUAUGCUGAAGGCAUUCCAUUAGCUCUUAUAGUGUUAGGUUCGAACUUAUGUGAUAAGCAUAUUGAAGAAUGGGAAAGUGAAUUGGUAAAGUUAGAAGGCACUCCCAAUAAGGAUAUUCAAAACAUUCUGAGAAUUAGUUAUGAUGGACUAGAUCAGAAUGAAAAGAAUAUAUUUCUUGAUGUUGUGUGUUUCUUUAAAGGGGAAGACAAAGAUCGGGUUAUAAAUAUAUUAGAUAGCUUUGGUUUCUCUGCUAAAAGUGGAAUAAGUCAUCUCAAUGACAAGUCUCUUAUAACAAUUUCAGAAAACAAGUUAGAGAUGCAUGAUUUGCUACAGCAAAUGGGCAAGGAUAUUGUUGACCAAGAAUGUAUAAAACAACCUGGAAAGCGUAGCAGGUUAUGGAACUACAAGGAUAUCUAUCAUGUAUUAACCAAGGAUAAGGGGACUGCGAGAGUUGAAGGCAUAAUUCUAAACAUGUCCCAAAUUAGAGAUAUGGAACUAAGUUCUACAGUCUUCAUGAAAAUGGAAAAUCUUAGAUUCCUGAAAUUCUUCAAUCCUUGUUCUGCUAAAAACAAAGUGUAUUUUCCUAAGGGCCUCAAAUUUCUUCCUGAUGGGCUAACGUUUCUUCAGUGGGAUGGAUGCCCUCUUAAAUUCUUGCCAUCAAAAUUUUCCCCCAAGAAUCUCAUUGAAUUUCACAUGCGUGAAAGCCAACUCAAACGACUUUGGACUGAAGAUCAGAUUCCUGAAAAUUUACAAUUUGUGGACCUUAGCCAUUCUAUGAACCUAAUUAGAAUACCAGAGUUGUCUAAAUUCCCAAAACUUAAGGUUUUGCAUUUGAAGGAUUGUACAAGUUUGGUUGAGAUUUCCACUUCUUUAAUGUAUGAUAGCAAGCUUAAUGAUCUAAAUCUUGAAAACUGCAAAAGUCUUUGUCGUUUUCCAAGCUGCCUUUUUUUGAGAAACCUUGAAAACCUUACUUUGAAAGGUUGCUCAAAAUUGGCAAGUCUUCCAAGCAGCAUUGGGGAGUUGAAAUCUCUUCAUUAUCUUGAUCUCCAAGGAUGCUCAAACCUAGCAAGUCUUCCAAAUGGCAUUGGCGAGUUGAAAUAUCUUCAACAUCUUGAUCUCGGGAGAUGCUCACAACUAGGAAGCCUUCCAAGCAGCAUUUGUGAGUUGAAAUGUCUCCUGCAUCUCGAUCUUAAGGAAUGCUCAAAACUAGUAAGUCUACCUAUUAGCAUCGGAGAGUUGAAAUGUCUCAAGCAUCUUGAUCUCAAGGGAUGCUCAAAGCUCGCGAACCUUCCGGUCAGCAUUGGCAAGUUGAAAUGUGAGAAUGUUUAUUUAAAUGGAUGCUCAAAACUAGCGAGUCUUCCAGGCAGCAUUUGCAAUCUUAAGUCUCUUACCCGCCUUGAUGUCACGGAUUGUGUAAAUCUCAAGGUAUUGCCAGAGAACUUGGGCAAUUUAAAAUCUUUGACGGCGCUUUACGCAGUUAGAAGUGGCAUAAAAGAAUUGCCAUGCUCCAUCAAUCAAUUGAGGGAAUUGAGGGAUUUAAGAUGCAGUGGAUGUAAGGGUUUGGUAUUGCCUCCAUUAACAGGUCUUUCGAGUCUAGAGCAGAUUUCUCUAGAGGGAUGUGGUAUAUUAGAAAUUCCUGACAGUCUCGGCUCUUUAUCAACACUGCAUCGGUUAUAUUUAGGAGGAAACAAUUUCAAGAGUAUACCUGCAAGCAUCAAACACCUUUCUGAGCUGUACGAACUUGAUUUAAGAGAUUGCAAGAGACUUCAAUGUUUACCAGAGCUUCCUUCAGCUGUGAGAUAUUUAGUGGCGAGCAACUGCACAUCUAUGAAAUCAGUAUCAACUGCGUUGGCGGAAGGUUGUAAGGAUACCUUUUUGUGGCUGGAUCUCGGUGAUUGCAUCAAUUUGGAUCCAAAUGCACGUAGCAAAUUAAUGGAUUCUAUACUGCUGAGAUUCCAAAGCAUUGAACGGCCAUGGGAAUCCAGUGUGAUUGACCAGAGCAAUGGGACAUUGUUUCGAUGGAUGGAUAAGGCAUGUAUCCCAGGAAGCCAAGUUCCUCCAGGGAUGAGGUACAAAAAUAACAACGGAUCUUCUUUGAUUUUGUCGAUGAGAGCUGAGCCAUACUGCUACACUAGUGACUGCAUUCAUAUCGCUUUUUCUGCUGUUGUUGCAACCCAUGUUUAUAGUUCUCGUGAUUUCAUUGAUAUUGGAUGUGAAUGCUGCUUCGCAACCGAGUCAGGCCAAACCCUUCAUUUCGAAUCCUCUUGGUAUGACACCAGCUUUGCAGAUGGAAGUAAGAUGCAUAAUGUGUUGAUUUGGUAUUCGGCAUAUGAUUUCGACAUCAAAUGCCGUCUCAGUGAGGCCUCAUUUCAAUUCUACGCUAAGGAAGAAGGAAAUGUCCGCAAUAGCAAGGCAAUAGUCAAGUGUGGAGUCCAUCUGCUGUUUGACGAUGAUGUUGAUAGCCUCCUCUCAUCUUCCAGAUUGGAUAAGAUCCAACCCACGAGUUGGGUUCUCAAAAUGGCUUAUAAGCAGCGAUUUUAUACUGAAUCGAGGUUAUAUUUUCCUCACUUCCCAGACGAUGAUGAGUGUGAGAAGGAUGAGCUUCCCCUUCAAAAUUUGGAAGAGAUUGAUCAAGAGUUAAAAUGCCUGGAUUUAAAUCUCUCUAUCUUUGUUUUGUUCACCUCAAUGAUCUGCCCGGCUACGUCAAGACAUAACGAAGCCGAAGCCCACCCCAGGACCCAUGUUGUCUUUAUUCUGAUGAUCCUCUCGGUAUGUUUGGAACUACUUUCCUUCAAUUCUUCUUUGUCUCUUCAUGGAAUGCGAGUAACUGAUUUAAAUUAGUCAUUUGUCUGUGCAUUGCCUGAAUUUUAAAUUUUCUUAAUUAUUGUUGUAUUUAAUUAUGGAUAAUCAAUUUAUUAUUUGAUUGUAUUUUUAAUUA